AUCUCCAUCCAUCAUAUAUCCGUACUAUACAUUCAUAAUGGUCACAUUGUAUCAUUGCUCAAAUGAAUGUUUAAUUGUUGUACUAAUUUUACAUUUGAAAAUUAUCAGUGAUCAUUGUAUUUUACUUAUUAUUGGAUUUAUUUAUUUCUAUAAUGUUUAGUGCGUGCAUUUUGCUUCCUUUGUGUUGAUAUGUAGUACGAAAGAGCUUCACUUCCAAUUACGAAGAAUUAUUUUAAGACUUUAAAAAAGUUAAAUGUAUAUUUCCAUCCCAUGUAAGCUAUAAACUAAAGUAAUUUUAAACUUUAAACAGACUUUAAACCACCACAUUCACAUAAAAUGCUGCCACACACACAAAAUAGCACACUCAAAGUUUAACAUCUCACAUUUAAAACACUGACUCAUGAACAUUAAAAAAUUAUAGCUGAAAAUAAAUAAAGAACUACGGUCUUGAAAAUAAAUGACAGAAAUAGAUACUAAUUCUAAUGUAUGUUUCUAUGCAAAAGAUGAAUGUUGAUACAAAGACCACCUUCAGAAUGGAUAAUAUAGCCUAUGUUUCUUUGCAGAAGAUGAAUGUUGAUACAAAGAUGACUUUCAUAAUGGAAGACCUUCACUUUUAUGCUGAUUACAAUGACAGCUACAGUGGGAUUUAUGAAGACGACUGCUGUGGACUUGUGUGUGAUCAGGAGUCUAGCAUGCACUUUGAUUCCAUUUUCAUUCCGGUCCUUUACUCUCUGGCGCUGGUAGUGGGGCUGGUGGGAAAUGGGCUGCUUCUGGUGGUACUGUGGAAGAAAAGGCUGGGCUUUAACGUUACAGACAUCUUCAUCCUUCACCUGUGCUUAGCAGACACUCUGCUGCUGCUGACGCUGCCCUUCUGGGCUGUAGAGGCAGUGAAAGGGUGGAUCUUCGGCACAGCGCUCUGCAAACUGACUGGAGCUCUGUUCAAGAUCAAUUUCUACUGUGGCAUUUUCAUGCUUUCCUGCAUCAGUCUUGACCGCUACCUGUCUAUCGUCCAUGCAGUGCAGAUAUAUUCUCGUAAAAAGCCCAUGGUGAUUCACUGUUGCUGCCUGAUGGUCUGGCUCUUCUGCCUUCUGCUCUCCAUUCCUGACUGGAUAUUCCUUGUGGCCGUCGAGGACAGCAGACGUCAGGAUAAAUCAGAAUGUGUUCCGGUUUACCACUCUGAUCCUGAAUCUUGGCAUCUGGCCACUCGUCUGCUCUACCAUAUUUUGGGUUUCGCUCUUCCUGCACUAGUGAUACUGUUCUGUUACUCUUGCAUUCUCGUGCGGGUGAGACGUGGCUCUCAGGGCAUGCAGAAGAAGAGGGCCAUCCGUGUCAUCAUAGCCCUCGUACUGGCUUUCUUCAUCAGCUGGACACCCUACAACAUCACCCUAAUCGUUGACACCAUACAAAGCAACCAGAUUAUCUAUUCCACUAACCAAAUAUCUUGUGACAGCAACAACACAGCAUUGAAUGUAGCUCUUACAGUUACUUCCACAUUGGGCUACUUACACUGCUGUGUCAACCCAGUGCUUUACGGUUUUGUGGGGGUGAAGUUCAUCUAACUGUCGGUAACUACAAUAAAUGGUUUUAAUAAUCCUUUUAACUCUAUAAGAAUGGGGAAGUCCAUGCUACAACGAAAAUUACAGAGGAACUUUAUAGUUGGAAUCACUUUCAGAAUGACUUUUUUUUCAGCUGAAGAAUGAUAAAAACAUUGACAACCAUAAUCCAACCAAUUUUAAAGAGCUCGGGGGUUUAAACCAACAGACGACAAAACUGCAGCACACCACUUAUAAUAAACAUAACAUUAUCGUCCAUUGGUGUGGACUGUAAUAUUUAUCUUUAUUCUUAUCUUUAUAGUUAUCAUUCUUGGUGUGAACAGAUCUUUAGUCUCAUGACUGCUGAUUAGCAUGCAUGAAUAUAGAAAAGUCUUUUAUCUUACAUUUGUAUAUUUCUAUUUGCACAUGUGGCAGCUACUUUAGGUUAUUUUUUGCAUUUCUCAAAUAUACCUGAUUGCUUACAGCUCACAUUUUAGAGAAAGAUAAAACAAGUUUCUAUUUCGAGAAAAUAGAUCACCCUUUAAUACUUGGCAGAUUUGUCCAAUGCAUCAGACUUUUGAAAAAGAGUGAGCAGCUGAUUUUACAAUUAUAUAGCCAACAUUUUGAAGUUAUGUAGUGUCUAGAAGUGUUCCUUAUUUUACAUUUUAAUUAUCUUAUGUUUUUAUUUUUUUAUGCUGAUGAUGUGAUUUUAAAUCAAUUUCAAUUUGUUAUAGCCUAAAUAAUAAAAAACUCUAUACUUGUCAUGUAAAGCAGAACUGCAAAUGUGUAUUUGUGUAUGCUUACUGUCUUUUUAUAUUUUGAUACAGGCUAUAACUUUUUCAAUUUUUUUCAGUUGUGUUUGCAUAAAUCCUGUAGCUACAAUGAGAAAUCUGUUUAAUUAAUGCUGUAAAACUGCAAUAAAAUAAAAUAGAAAUUACAAUGUAGACACAGUAGGUAUAUGACUAAUACACAUUGUCAAUAUGUAGGCCUAUUACAUUUUUUGUAGUAUGAGAUUGUGAUGUGCAACAAUUAAAACCAAAUUUGCAAUAAUUAUAAUUCAUGCUAGCAAUGUGUUAAAAUAUGCUAACAACACGCUAAUUCAUGCUAGCAAUAUGUUAAUUCAUGUUGGCAACAUGAAUUCUCAUGCCAACCUGUUAAAACAUGUUUACAAAUGUGUUAAAACAUGCUAGCAACAUGCUAAAUCAAGUUAGCAUUGUGAUAAAACAUGCUAGCAAAUUGUAGUGCAUACAGUAGGAUACUGUAUUUAGUUCAUACGUCCUAUCAAACGGCUAAUCUGCUGAAAUCACGUGACUUUGGCGCUCCGAGUCACUGAUUCAAUUCGUAAAGCUCCGAAGCAGUGUUAUGAAAUCGGCCCAUCACUAUAUUGUUAAAAAGUCAUUAUUUUGUUUUUUUGGUGCACAAAAAGUAUUCUCGUUGUUAUAUAAUAUUAAGGUAGUACCACUGAACUCAUGUGAACUGUUUUAAAUAUGUUUUUAGUACCUUUAUGGAUCUUGAGAGAGGAAAUGUCAUUGCUUUGAAUGCAGGCCUCACUGAGCCAUCGGAUUUAAUCAAAAAUAUCUUAAUUUGUGUUCCGAAGAUGAAUAAAGGUCUUAC